UUGCUGAACAUACUUUCGGCGUUUGAUGUAUUGACCGAUAAAACAUCUUUUCCUUCGACCUUUAAGCUUACGCUAGCUUUCAUUCGAUAUCUACUUCAUCGUGUCUCCCUAUCUUCUUUCGAUGUCGACAUUCAACGUACCAUAUUAGUGGACCAGCUUGACGACCUCCGGAGCUACACGUUCAAGAAUCUUCCUGACGAACAAAUCGCCGCUCUUGCAAAUCGUGGAACAUGUCGUUCAUAGCCCCGUCUUCAAGCUCGGAUCUGAAUGGACGAGCGCCCAAACAUCUUUGUUAUCUUUGUUGGGCGUGUAUUCAGGGAUGGUCGGUGUCCGGAUGCCAGGUCGAUCUGCAAGGCACAAUUUUUGGCCCGCUUUACAACCACUGGUUGAAACCAUGAUCAAUCAGUACGACGCACUAUACGAUGCUGAUACCAUUAUUCGUGCGCCUUUCGACCACUAUGUGCAUGGUGUGGAAACUGUGUACGACAUUUUUAUCGAUAUGCGAUGUCUGGAAGUUUUCGGAAACCAUUCCCUUCGUCCAUCGCUGGUCACUGUUAUUAACGGAUACGUUGCUGGACUUGCGGCAUUGGAUACACCGAUCGAUCUCCAGCGACAUUCGGACUACCUUCAUGAGCCCGAGAAUUUCUUCUUGGCGUGUUGCAUUCUAAUCACCAACGGGUGGAACGCGUGCGGUGAAUCACCCGACAUAUUUUCACCACCCCGACUAUCAGAAGAUAUCUGUACGGACAUAAGGGCACUAGCAAGUCUUCGACCGUCAGAUCCUUCUUGGGAUCAAUGCCUCCGGAAAUUGCGCGAUUUACUGCAUGAUGACGGAGGCGAGUUUUUCGUCAAGCAGCAGAAAUGGACGAUGCAUGGGUUCGAACCUCUCAAUCCCGAGGCAAUCGACGAAGCGAAGAAUAAUAUUCGUUUGGUCCUGGGCGAGCUUGAUAAAAUAUUUUCUGGUUCAGUGAAUACGUCCUCGACGCACCCACACGGAUCGAUGGUGUCGCCCGUCUUGAGCCGCAUAUAUCGAUAUCUGCGGUAUCCUCGACGUUGGGAAAAGGACGAAGUGCAAGUGUAA